CAGUGUCCGUCGAACGCGUCGCGCGUCGGGGUGUCGCCGUCGCGGGGUUGUUAACGCUGUGCGCGAGCGAUUAAAUCGGAGCCCGGAGCGGCGGCGAUAACGCGCAACGGGCACGCGCGGCGUGUGCGAGCGACCAAGCUCGGACUCCCUCGCGAGAUCUGGUGUAAUAUGUAUUGCGUGUCUCCUCAGUUCGUGCCUGUGACAACGACGACUUCGACGAAGGAGACGUCCCGCGCGGCGAGGAAGAGCCGAUUCCCGGAUCGCGCUCGCGGCGAGCCGUCACGACGACGGUGGACGUAGCGUCGCGACCGGCACUCGGCCGAGAAGGAAAGGAGGAGAGAAAAGGGUUGCGCGAAUGGCGACGACGGCGGCGAUUCCGCCGCGGAUAGCAGCGACCGUUCCCGUUGUCGCGACGACGGCGAGCGGCGUUCAGGUCUGUCAAUAAUCUGGCACUUAGGCGAGAAUGCGCACCCCUGCUGAGACCGAGACUCUGGCCCAACCCGAAAUGUACAACUUGGAAACCGAGGAAACGGGGACGUCCGCGGACGUGAGCGGAGUGGUCUUAUCGUCUCCCCAUCCAGAGGCUCAUAUAUUUACUAACAGCAUGCUGUGUAUCCAAGAGGAGCUGGCUCAGCUGAGUGAAAUCGCGGGAAGCCCCGAACGGCUAAUCACCGAGCUGCGUGAGGUUCAAUUGCCGAAUAGUAAUCAUCUCAAUUCCGCGAGUAACUCCAGCGACGCCGCGACAAAAUGCGCUCCCGGAUCGGAAAGCAUCGAUUCUCAACGAUCGAGUUGGGUCGAGGGCAUUCUGGGAUGCAUGCGUCCCGUUUGGACCAUGUUAUCGAAGGCCGCUAUUAAUGAUAAAAUCAAGGGAUUUUCAACUGACGAUUGGGAGAUACCCUUCGAAGCAAUCAGCGAGCUGCAAUGGCUCGGAUCUGGGGCUCAAGGUGCAGUAUUUAGUGGAAAAUUAAAUAAGGAAAUAGUAGCUGUGAAAAAGGUGAAGGAACCGAAAGAGACUGACAUACGCCAUUUACGGAAACUCAAUCAUCCGAAUAUUGUGCACUUUAAAGGAGUGUGUACAAAACCUCCUUGCUAUUGCAUAAUAAUGGAGUUUUGUCCGUUCGGGCCAUUAUAUGACCUUCUAAGAGCUGGAGAACCGGUUCCUCCUGCUAGAUUGGUGUCAUGGUCAAAACAGAUAGCUGCGGGGAUGGCGUAUCUUCAUGCUCACAAAAUCAUACACAGAGAUCUCAAAAGUCCAAAUGUUCUAAUAGGACAAGGGGAAGUAGUAAAGAUCAGUGAUUUCGGCACGAGUAGACAGUGGAAUGAAAUUAGCACGAAAAUGACUUUCGCUGGUACGGUGGCGUGGAUGGCGCCGGAGGUAAUCAGGAACGAGCUAUGCUCGGAGAAGGUAGACAUAUGGUCGUACGGGGUUGUACUAUGGGAAUUACUGAGCGGCGAGAUACCUUACAAGGAUGUAGAUUCCUCCGCUGUUAUGUGGGGAGUGGGCAGCAAUUCUCUUCAUUUACCAAUUCCCACCAGUUGCCCGGAGGGAUAUGGGCUACUGGUUAAGCAGUGUUGGUCAGCCAAACCGCGUAACAGGCCUUCCUUCAAACUCAUCGAGAUGCACCUCGCUAUUGCAGCUGUUGAUGUACUCUCCACGGAACCUGAAGAUUAUUUUAAAGCACAGCAAUCUUGGAAGAAGGAAAUACAGGAACACAUGCAGCAUAUGCCACUAUUUACUAAUACCGAUCCACGUUUCGAGGCUGAGCUAAUCCGACGGAGGAAGGAUGAAUUGCGACACGCUCAGGAUGUCAGAGAACACUAUGAGCGUAAACUCGAACGUACUAACAAUCUGUACUUGGAACUAAACUCUAUUCUACUGCAAUUAGAAUUACGCGAGCGAGAUGUGAUAAAACGACGCAGUAUCGCUUUGCAUAACCGCUUUGCGCUUACGGGACUGAUAGCACAAGACUGCAGCCGAACUCGCACAUUUGGAAAUAAAUGUCUGGUUUGUCUCAGGAGAGAACAGCAAUCAACAGGAUACAAGCAGUACAAGAAACGUCUUGUCCGUCCUUUGCUGAAGGCUCAGGAGAGGCUGUACCGCAGACGCAAUGGCACAGUACAGUUCUCCACUUCCUCAACGCCUACUACUCCUCCAUCGCCCACGGAUUCACCACAGAGCCCCGUCAAAGCCACCAUGUACACGCAGCUGAACGAAUCCAAUCAACCGGAAACUGUUUUAGCACCAAGCAAUAGCUUCAAACAGCGUAAAUACAGGCAUCGUAGGGUCGGUUCGGGUUGUGGUCUAAGUUCCAGUCCUAGAUCGAGUCCUCAUCGUGAAAGAAAGAGUACAGAAAUACCUGGAAGACUCGUUGAUAGUCACACACAAACGGACACCGCAGACAUCAGUGAAUCGGAUCACACCUCGGUAGCAAAUAUAGCACAUUCUUUACCGGAGAAAUCCUCCUUGGACCUCGUCAGAAGACAUUCAUUGCAUAAGCAAACAACAGAAUGCUUAAACGGAAAUCCAAUUUUGCCGGAAACGCAUUAUCCUAUGCAAACGAGUUCGUGCUCCAGCCCCGAGAACUUAGAUGAAAAUAAUUCCAAUGGAAACGAACGUUUGAGGGAUUGUAGCGACGACGACAAUCUUGAGACUCUCGGCAGAAAAGUCAGCGAAAUUAUUAAUGCGAAUCGUCUUAUCAUUGACAAUGGAAAUGGCGAUGAUGUCAUAAUCUCUCAUAGUAGAAAUAAAGAAGAUUCGGUUAAAUUAUCUGGGCACUAUGUGGAACAAUCCGAUAAAAUACGAGCUUCUUCGGACAAUACGGAUGAUCGCGAAGACGAUGCUUGUGAAGAAAGCUGGUCGGAUGAAGAGGGAGAGGAUCCAAGUUAUACUUAUAACUAUUCCUUAAGACGAAGAAGUAUCGCAAGAAGGCCGAUCGGUCCCGGAUGCAGAUUACGAAGAUCUAAACUAACAAUAUCCGGGAGAAUACAGGGGGCAUUAGCUUCUGAUGAGGAAAAUACUUCUGAAUAUUCGCAUCCUCCGUCCAGUCAGACUUCCACCUUAGAAAGUAAUCCGGAUGUUCAAAGAGUUCUUCGUAAUAUACAUCAUUCCCAAAAAAGAAAGGAAAUAGACGACGUUUCUGAUACAUCGAGUCAAUCGGAAACGGACGAAGUCAGUGAAGUUACAAUUGCAUCUCAACCGGCUAGUGGAUCUAUGAAGAUGGAGAGCCGAAUAUAGAUUAGUUGUUAGUGUAAUUUUUAUAUCUGAUUUAUGAUCGGUUUAUAAGUUAGAUUUACUGCCUGAGUGAAUGUCAGUAAUCACGUCAUUCUUCAUUCUGUAACUUAUGUUGAAUAUUGUAGAUAUUUGUCUAUUCAUAUAUGUAUACAUACACAUACAUAAUGACAUAUAUACAUAUAUACUUGCAUUCAUAUACAUCUCCAUAUACAUAUAAACAUGUAUACAUACAUGUAUUAAAGAGUAUGUAAUAUUAUUUAGAAAACAAAUGAUUCGGUAAGCAAAUAAUUCAAGAAUUCGAGACUUUAUAUCCUGAUUGAUUAUUUAUUAAAGCCAAACAAUUUUCGAAGACAUUCUUAAUCAUUGUUUAAUCAGUUGCAUAUAUAGAUUGCUAAAAAGUCAGAUUAAUAUUGCUCAAGUUUAUUUGAGUUUAUUACGCAACAUUUUUUACGCAGCAUAUAUAACAUGAGAACAUGAGUAUAGAGUGUAUAGCGUAAUUCUUCUCGUUCAACAAAUCUAGAUACUGCUUCGAAGGAUAUUAUUUGCAGAUGCAGUGGCUAUAUUAUUAUUAUCCGCAAUCGCAUAAGUACAUCGAGCAUUUUUAUGCUUAAUACUCAUUUACUUCACUGUAAUAAUCGCCAUUAGUAAAUGUUAAGCUACAUACUGCUCGGUGUACUUCGCAGAUAAGAAGAAUCAUGUAUUUAUUUCUUCCAUGGCAUCUAAUAUUUCGGAUUCGCAGUUCUUUCCGAAUACGCAAAUGUACUAAAUCACAAAUCUAAUUUCAAACUGUGCAUACCCAUUGCCAUAGAAAUAAGUUUUCAUUGAAAAAAUGCAGGCAGUCAACAACUUUGGAAAUUCACGUAUUUCACUGCUUAUGUAUGUGUUUAUAUUUGACGAAAUGAAAAGGCAGCUGUAAAUAGUGAGAUGCCUUCAUAGUUAUGAAAGCAUCUAGCUGAUGAUAUUAUGUAUAUGCACAGUUUAAAUGCAUUGUCUUAAAGAAAAAGAAAAAAGAAUUUAAUAAACCUCUCGAAACAGAAUAGAAAUGUACAACGUAACGAUAAUGAAUUUUAUUAUGACAUAAGUGCCUAUGGCAAUUUGCAUGCAUCGACCGAGGUGUCUAGUGAAAGUUAGAGAAUUGAUAAUAAUACGCAAUUUAGUCUUUGAAGCAUGUAUUGAAAGAUAUUGUUGUACCUGUACGAUCUUUUAUAUUUGCAAUAUAUUAUGGAAUACGAAGAUGUUAGGCGAAAAUCGAAAAGUAAGAGAGGAAAAAUACAAAAAUGCGAAACUCCCUCAGAAGCUACUAUAUUUACAAUAGGAGGGUACAUUGUACUGUCGUAUGUAUAUUUUCCAAGACAUACGCUCAUACGUAAGAAACUUAAUUCUUUUUUUUUUUUUUUACUUCACAGCCAACAAGAGUCAGAGAGCGUAGGUCUUUAGUGACUAUGUACUUAUUGAUUUCAGCCUAAGCAUUUAAUGUAUAGUUUAAGAAAUGAGUUGUAUUGCGCGAAAUAGUCAAACGCGGUGCUGGUUACGCGAGUUUCAAAAGCGAAGCUCAACAAUAGCACUGGACUGCACGCGAACCCCAUACUCAUUCCGCGAAUUACUGGUACUAAUAAUUAUUGUAAGUUCUAUCUCUCUGUUCCACACGCACGUCUACGAACUAUUUCGUUUACUCGAUUACAGGAAAAAAAACGAUGUUUUGCAUCCAUCUAUUGUACCUGCUUUGAAACUCAAAUUGCCUUAAUGACAAUUAUAUACAUCUGUAUCUGUAAAUAUAGACAAUACAACGGGAACUUAGCGAAUAAGCGUAAAAGAUAAGAUAGGAUAACGAUUUUGAUGUGCUCAUCUGAACGAAAUAAUUUACGAGGCAUAUAAAUAGAGAGAGAUGUACUUUGUAGUAAUCAUACGUAUUGUAUCCAUCAUACUUAUGCGAGUAGUUGCAUAAAUUGUUCCUUUUUGUGCAGUGGCAGCUAAAAAAUUGACUAGUUCUAUUAUUAUAUAAUAAUAGAAGCAGUACACAAAAUUUGUGUUAUACAUAAAAUAAAGUUGAUUUACACAACAUU